AUAGGGUAUGAUUAAUGGUUGCACCAACAUCCGACCUCGCAUGUAUUUCUCCACCAUCUCAUUCAUCACUACCCCCUCCCUAUCUUUUUCAUUAUUUACAAUAUUGGGCCGAUGAUGCAAUUUCAAGUCCAUCCAAUUUCAAAUUUCAUCAAUACACUUUCUGAGUCCCCCAUCGCCGUCGGCUUCAGGAUCCGCCACCACUCUUCUCAAUUUUCUUCUAAAUCAACUUCAACAAAAUCUCCUAGUUUCCGGUGCUUCCACAUAAAUUCUCUGUAGAGCAUGGAUCCGGAGGCUGCCCGAACUGCCCGGGACUCGCUGGAGUUGGUGUUUCACAUGUCGAAUAUUCUCGAUACCGGCCUCGAUCGCCACACGCUUUCCAUUCUCAUUGCGCUUUGCGAAAUGGGUCUCAACCCAGAAUCCCUAGCCGCCGUGGUUAAGGAGCUCCGCAGAGAAUCCCCACCUUCUUCUUCCACGGAAACAGUGGCAACGCCUCCUUAACUAGGAUGUGCAAUGGCGCACAGGGUGCUUAUGAGAGAAUGGAAUGAUUCAAAACAAAGAACACUCCUGCUUGUUACUGAGUAGGUGGUUGAUUUGUAAUGUAGAAUUCGAGUAAGAAGCGAAUUAGGCAAUUGUUUUGUGCUUCAGCCAAAUAUUUCUUACUCUCUUGGGUUGUAAAUACUCUAUAUUUAGGAAAUGUCCAUCUUUUUUCCUACUUGAAAUUGAUUCUUAGGUUUGCUAUUACCUUUGUUUGGACAGGGAAUUGAAGACAAGAACAACUCUUAGCUAUGCAUGCUUCUAAUUAA